AUGUCGCUCUUCGGGCCGCAGGACCUGGCCAACACCGCAUGGUCUUGCGCCAGGCUGCUCGUCAGGAACCAGCAGCUACUUGCCGCGAUCGCGGCCGCUGCCCUCCCGCGCGUUGCGGACUUCCACUCGCAGAAGAUUUCCAACACUGCGUGGGCUUUUGCAACCUUGGAGUGGCGCGACCAGGCGCUGCUGGAGGCUCUGGCGUCCGCUGCGAUUGCCAGGCUGCCGCAGUUCAGCGCGCAGGACAAGGCCAACACCGUGUGGGCCUUCGCGCGCCGCGAGUUUCCGCACCAUCCCCUGCUGGCAGCGAUUUCUGCCGAGUCGCUGCUGCGCAUCCGCGAGUACUCCCAGCAGCACAUGUCGAACAUCGCGUGGUCCUACGCGAAGCUGCUCGUGCACGACCGCCCGCUGAUCGCAGCGCUCUCGGAGCGGCUGCUGAGCAGCACUGGUGACCUACAGGCGCAGACAGUGUCCAGCAUCGCGUGGUCUUUCGCCAGGCUAAGCAUCGCAACAGGGCGACACUGGAUCGAAUAUCGUCGCGUGCUCUAG